AUGGCAAAGUUAAUAGUACAUAUUGCAUUUUUCAUCUAUUGCCAGGCUGCCGCCCCGGCCGCACCUCGAGCAGCAGGAGUGGCAGAUGGAGUACUAGCUGCGGAGAUUGGCACAGAUUAUAAAACAGAUGAGUUAUGGGAAGAUGGUGGAUUAAUAGCGACAACAAAAGCAGAAGAACGUAUGUUCAUUUCACACACAACUGACUAA